AUGGCUCAAGAAAUAACAGGCCCCAUGAAAACACUACCAGUGGAGUUGGAAUUGCGAAUAAAACAACUGGAAGAACUGACACAUACAGUUGCUGCUCAAAAGGGAAUUAACCAAGACAUUCUAGACAAACUGGAUAGCCUAGAUAUAAAGACUAAAGAACUGAGCGACAAAAUCCAAGAACAAGAAUCACGUAUUGUCCAAAUUGAGAAAAUGAUGAAACAGAAAAAUCUACUUUUCUUCGGUGUGCCCGAGAAAGAAAAGGGAUAUAAUGAUCUUGAAAACGCCAUUGUGGAGACAAUUAACAAAAACUUCCAAGUUAAGUGUGAUCGAAGUGAGCUGGAAGUCGUGAGGAGGUUCGGACGUAAAGUUGGCGAAAAGAUCACUCCGGUGUUAGUCACAUUCACAACUAUGGGAAAAAAGGCAGAAUUGCUGAAACAUACCAAAAAUACAACUAAAAGUGGCCCUUCUCUGAGCGUCAUGGAAUAG